AUGCCUCCUCGUUCUCGAGCUGGCUGCCCACGAUGUCGUUCUAUGAAAAUCAAGUGCGAUGAGACCAAACCAAGCUGCAGACAAUGCUUGAAACGCAACGUCAUCUGUCCUGGCUAUAAGCGUCAUCUCAAAUGGAGCGAUAAACACGAAGUCUUCAACGCCUGGAGACCGAAACUGCAUCCUCCACGAGACUCAGCACCACUCCCGCCCAAUGCGGUCGACAGUCUCAAUCCAACGGAACCACAUUUACUUGUCGAAGCUUUUGAGCCAACCCUUGGAGAUCAACCAGCCCAGAUUGCUCCCAUACAAUCCCACGGCUCGGUCACGGACGCGAGGUCCUCAUCCCAUCAGACGCCACCUCAGCCCACCAACAACCCGGACCCUGUUGCUUUUUCCCCUGGCGUACAUAACAAUGACAACGACAGAUCUACCGCAGACAUACUGCGAGAAGAUCUUCGCGAGUGGUUGACAAGCCACGAACCGAUGACACUCUUGGAACAACAAGACUGGGCUUGGACGCUGGAUGGACCAGGGUUGGAUUGCGAUCAACCCGCGACAUUUGUGGCCACUCCAGACUGCUGGGAUGCAGCCGCGUCGCAAGGGAGCGAGUUCAAUCAAGCCUUGGUACAGUACUUCUUCGACAACCUAUGUUGUAUUCACACUGUGCUCGAUGACACCGCCGAGCGUUUCAAAGUCCUCGUCCGUCGUUAUCUCAACACGUCUGCACUCCUCCACAAGAGCGUCGUGUGUAUGGCCGCUGCUCAUUGCUUCCAAGACGACGAGUCCAUGCUCUCCACAUGCCUCGAAUGUCACACUGCUGCGGUCAGGUCCCUAUCGGAGGCAGUCUUCCAAAUCGAGACGGUGCUCGAGCAAUCGACGGACUCCCCCCCAAAGUCGGCACUGUCCGACAAAAGCAUGCUGCGUAAAUUGGAAGAGACUCUGUUGGCAUCUAUCAUUCUUGGAUUUUGCGCGCCUUGGUCCGAUCCACGAGACCUUGGUUUACCACAUCUUCGCGGAGCGAGGAAACUGUGCGAAUACCUUGUCAACUACGUCACCAUGGAUGGCAAGGAGCCGGAAAAGGCGCUGGUGAAUACAGAUCACCACUUCUUGAUAGGCGCAAUGUCAUACUGGGAAGCAUGCAUGGCUUUUGUCGUGGAUCAGCCCAAGACUGUGGUGCAAUACCUGCACCCAUUUUGUAAACCCACCAAAACCACAUACAUUCAUAUGUUUGCUGGAAUCAGCCUGCCACUACUAGUUACGCUCGCCAGGGUCGGCAUCUGUGUACGCCAGAAAAGGACUUUGCGAAACAUGGUCGGUGUUGGCUGGAAGGACCGAGAGUCUUAUCAAGUACUUGCUUCCGAAGUCACACAAGAUGCAAUCGAAGUGGCCGAAUAUGUCGUCGACUACCAAAUCCCUGCUGAUGAGACUUUCGACACGAAGACCCUCGGUUCCUCUACCUAUCGGCAACUCAAAGCGUUCUCACAGAUGUGUAGAUUUGCAAUCUUGCUCGAACUACAACGAAACUUCCCCAGCCUCCUGGACUCCCAGCUUGAUGAUGCCGAUGCCUCCACACCUGAAAGUCGCCCUUUUCCACGAACAAUAAGCCUCGAUCGCUGGUAUUUUGAUCUCUCAGGAGCAAUUCUCAGCCAUGCACAAGACAUCCCAGAGGGAUCCACGUGUGGUUUGUAUCAAACAAUCCUACUGAUCAUCUGUGGGAGUGUACUACGGGCCUCGAAGGAAUCAAAGCCCGCCUUUCCUGGCCAAUUAAGCCUGCGUGACAAAACAGAAAAUAUAGUGUUAUCCACACUUGCACGACAAGACGAGCUCGAAAAACGUCGGGCCUUUAUUCGACGGCGGUUACAGUCGAAUUGCUUAUCAUUCGGCUUACGCCAAGUCUUCUCCAGGGCAGAACUGCUUCUGGAGGAUGUAUGGGAUGAGUUUGAUGCUGGCACAGGCGAGGCCGAUGACCUUCGCUCCAGUCGUCACUGGAUCGACGUCAUGGCAGAUCACAAGUUGGAAACUUUUUUCGGUUAA